AUGGACGGCUUUACCGAGAAGCAGAUCGAGGAGCUGCGCGAGGCGUUUCGCGUGUUUGACAAAGACGGCAAUGGCGACAUUACUGCCGUCGAACUGGGCGAUGUGAUGCGCAGUCUGGGCCAGAACCCCUCGGAGACCGAGCUGGAGGACAUGAUCAACGAGAUCGAUACGGACCGGAAUGGCACCAUUAGUUUUGAGGAAUUCCUCGGGAUGAUGUCGACCAAGAUGAAGCACACCGACACCGAGACGGAGCUGCGCGAGGCGUUCAAAGUGUUCGACAAGGACGGCAGCGGCUCGAUCUCGGCGCAGGAGCUGUACGAAGUCAUGAAGGCCAUCGGCGAGAAUCUCACCGAGGCAGAGGUCCGAGACAUGGUGGCCGAGGCGGACAAGAAUGGCGACGACAUGAUUGACUAUGAGGAGUUUGUCGAGCUCAUGCAGCAGGGAUAG